UUGUAGUUGGAGUGCGUGUGUUUGUAUGGGUGCGUGAAGAACAAUCGAGCGGUGGUUCUGCUAGUGAGUGAGUGCAGCAGCAAACAAGGCGUCAGCAACAUAGACAGACAGCGAGCGCACCCCCGCCAGUCCGGUCUCAUCAAUCACACAACGAGUAGAGCGGCAGCAAACCAGUAGCCUUCGCGAGGGGCCCUCCUAUCAGCAGCAAUCCGAGCAACCGACCGAUCAACAGCAAUCGCAGCUGUCGCCGCGAACCUAACGGUACCUACAGAAGAACGGCGAGCGAGCGAGCGAGCGCGUUGUCUUCCUGCGAACCCCCCUCCCCCUCCAUCCCGUUCCCUGGCCAACUCCCCCCCCGGGGGGAGGGAAGGUUGGUCCGGUCGCCGGUCAACUUAGCUAAGCCUGCUGCCGCUCGUUACCGUUCCGCCGGGGGCCGCUAGGGAGGGCGGCACGGUCGGCUCAAGGACCGGAUGUCGCUGGAGGCGAUCCAGCAGCCGGCCAACACGCAGCAGCAGCAUCAGCAGCGGAGCAACAGCGCAGAAGAUGGAACAGUGGAGGUGGUGGUGAAAGCGAAGGACAGUGGAUGCCAGUUUGGGUUAAACGGUGGCUCGAGCACCCAGCACAUGCCUGCGCUGCCCUCGGCAGGGGAGCAGCGCGCACUUCGCGUCGCUGCACCACCAGCAGCAGCAGCAGCAGACCCGCACGGUAGCACCGAGCAUGAUGGUGGUGGCCACCGAGCAAACACCGAGGAUGCCGAGGCCCCCAGCAGUCCCCAAGGUGGUGGUAGCGGGCCGUCCACCGUCAGCAACCAUCCCGCCGGCUCCAUCGGCGGUGACGAUCGCCCGGCAACCGGCAGCCGGCCGGCUUCGUCCUGCAGUAGCAGCUCCUCCUCCUCCUCCGACGUCCAGCAGCAUCUACAGUCGAUGUGCAAUCUGUUGCGCAAAGAGGAAACGCUCAAGAUGGCUGUGAAGCUGGAAUCGCUGCGACCGGGACGGACGCGCUACCUGGUGGUCGUGUCGCGGACGGUCGUACCGGGCAAGCGGGUACCGCAGGCGGGUGUGAGCACCUUCCACUAUCCCUCGUGGCCAUUAUCAUCAACAUCACCAACAUUGUCAUCCACCAGCUCCAUCUCCUCCUCCUCCUGUACGCCACAGCCAGCGCCACAGCCGCCGCCGCCGCCGCCACCGCCGAGUCGCGCUGGCCUAGACGAACUGUCCUUCGGCCACGGUGCCGUAAUUGCUUCGUGCGAAAGCGUUCAAUGUGAUAGUAACAAUACUAAUACUAGUGUAAGUAGUGCGGGCGGGCUGCUGGCGGACGGUGGUGGUGGUGGUGGUGGUAGUAGCAGUAGUGUAGAUUGCAUCGACACGGGCGGCGCCCAACCGUCGGCCCUAGGGUUUUGGGCCCACCCGAUGGCCGGUGGCGCGGUAUCGGGUACGUCGCCAGGCCACUCGUCGUCCAACGGUGACAAGGAUGUCGUGGAAAGCUGCCUGCUCGGUAUCGACUGCAACGAGCGGACGACGGUCGGGCUUGUACUGAAGCUGCUAGCGGACACCUCGAUACGAUUAGAUGGCGAUGGUGGUUUCAGCGUUAGCUCCUGCGGCAAGCAGCACAUCUUCAAACCGGUCUCGGUGCAGACGAUGUGGUCGGCACUGCAGACACUGCACAAGAUCUCGUCCAAGGCCCGGGAUCACAACUUUUUCGCCGGCGGACCGUCCCACGACUGGGUCGCCUACUACGAGCGGCACAUUGACUCGGACCGCUCGUGUCUGAACGAGUGGAACGCGAUGGAUUCGCUCGAGAGCCGCCGCCCACCAUCGCCGGACUCCAUCCGGAGCAAACCGACGAAGCGUGAGGAGACGGAGAGCGUGAUACGGUCGAAGCUGAAGGAGCUGAUGGUGUCGGUGGAUCUGGACGAUGUCACGUCCAAGUUUAUCCGCGGCCGGCUCGAGGAGCUGCUCGAUAUGGAUCUCGGCGAGUACAAACCGUUCAUCGACGCCGAGAUGCUCAUCAUCCUCGGCCAAAUGGAUGCACCGACCGAGAUCUUCGAGCACGUGUACCUUGGCUCGGAGUGGAACGCCUGCAACCUCGAGGAGCUGCAACGGAAUGGCGUACGGCACAUAUUGAACGUGACGCGCGAGAUUGACAACUUUUUCCCGGGCCAGUUCAACUACUGCAACGUGCGCGUGUACGACGACGAGAAGACGGACCUGUUGCGCCACUGGGACAACACGUACAAGUACAUCUCGCGCGCCAAGAUGGAGGGCUCGAAGGUGCUGGUGCACUGCAAGAUGGGCAUUAGCCGGUCGGCGUCGGUUGUGAUUGCGUACGCGAUGAAGGCGAACGGUUGGGACUUUGAGCGGGCCCUGCGCCACGUGAAGAGCCUGCGGAGCUGCAUCAAGCCGAAUAAGAACUUUAUGAUGCAGCUCGAGACGUACCAGGGCAUGCUGGACGCGAUGAAGAACAAGGAGAAGCUGCAGCGCAGCAAGAGUGAAACGAACCUGAAACUGGCCGGCGCGAAGGAGGGUCGUUCGCUGCCGGGCAGCGAACCGACCCCACUCAUCCAGGCACUCAACGGUGGUAACAGUGGUGGUACGGUGGCAGUGACGGCUGGCGGGUCAUCGGUGGUACCCGGUGUACGGCACCGCCCGGCACCGGGUGAAUCGCUGAUGCAACGCACCCCGCUCCCCGGUACGACAGAUCGCCGAGCAACAGGGGAAGGAGGAGAAGGCGACGAACAGAGAGGAGAAACAAGAGGUGCAGAUACGAGGGCUCGCGUGGGUGCCACGGUGGAUGCUCGCUACGGAACGGACGAACCGACCCCCGGCACCGGCACCGGCACCGAACGGGCCGAUCCGUUGGUCGAUGUGGAUGCGAUGGUACGCGGGCGAACACGGAACCGUGCACGGGCAGUGCUGCAGGGGCUGGCUGUUGGGACCGCCCGAACGUCAGAAACGCCCGGUGCGACCGGUGAUGAGCCCGUUGGACGGCGGUCAGGGUUUGCCGUUCCACUCGGGCUCGGCUGCCCCUGGUCCUCUUCCUCUGGUCGGCUUUUGGCGAGCAGCAAGCGGCACAAGAGCCUGUCGCCGGAUGUGCUCCAGCCACGCUGGCCCUCGGUAUCGGGCGGUGACUCCGGUGCCGUCACACCGCUCGGUGGCAGCUCGGUGGUGGAGAGCAGUGGCGGUGACAGUGGUACUACGGUUGGUGGGGGCCGGCGCAAGCACCAGAGCUUCUCGCUCGAACAUCUGCACGGUGGUGCGCUGGAGCUGCGGUCGGCUGCCGCUGUCGCUGCUGCCUCCUCCUCCUCCUCCUCGUCGACAAUGGCCGCCGGUGCGGAACCGAAAACGAUACGCAUGCCAUGCGGGAACGGUCAGAACUACAGUGUUUCGCCCAACCAGAUCGUGCACCUGCAGGACAAGCUACCGUUGGGUGGUGGGCGCCGCGGUAGCAGUACAAAGCCGACCGGCGUCAACAUUAGCGGUAUGUUACGGUGGCAGUUUCAUGUGGCACAACCAACCACCACCACCAACCCGCCAGCGCACAACAACAGCAACGAGCACUCGAGAAAACAGCUAAUCUUUCACUCGAGCAUCGUUCCCGCACACACCGAUCAACCUCGUGUUGUGGUCACUGCUGGUGGCAGCAGCAGCAGCAUCACGUUCCUCACGGUCAAGCCAUCCUCAACCGCAUCGGCAGCAUCAUCCUCCGUGUCAACCUCAACCGUGCCAUCGACCGCGGGGCUUGAUCCCGUGCCGGUUUCGUCAGUGAGAUCGAUAGUCAGUGGGCUGGAGUCGGUCAACGUUGGUGACUCCAGUGCCACCACCACCACCUCCAUCGCCGGGAGUGGCAACAUACCGGUGGCACCACCUCCUUCGUUGCCUCCGGUGGAGGUUUGCUCCGGUGUCGGUGGUAGUAGUGCGGCGAUACCGAUCGGUUCCGUAGCGGCAGAGGCGGCCGCCGUUGCUGUUGCGGCCGCAGCCGUCUCGGUGGUAAAAACCAAAGAGCAAUCAGGCAUCGCCGCCACUGCUGGCACCGGUACCGGCACCAGUCAUCCAGUGCAGUGGGAUCCCGGCGAUGCCGAUCGUCUUCCCACGGCGACAAUCUGCUGGACGUCCUCGACGCAGAUCAUACAGCAAUCCUGCACACUAACACCGUCGGCGCACGAGCCACCAUCGGGCACGGCAGGCUGCAGCAAUAGCAGCAAACCGACUAGAGCUACUAAUACCAACAGCACCACCGUAUCGGUGGCACGGCAGUGUUCGUGGAGUGGAUGCGAUGCGACCGUUGGUGGUCGGCCGGUGUCUAGCAGUGACAGCGCCAGCGUAUCGAACGUCGCUCACUCGGCUGGUGGCGGGUCGUGCCUUACGCGCAACAGUUCCUGGGGCCCGUGCGAUGUCGGUUCGGUUUCCAACCGAUCGGAAGCCUACGAGAAGGACGAAAUCCCUUGGCAUCCGGGCACGGUGAAGCGGACGAAGGAGCGCAUCGAAGAGCGUACAUCGGUUGCGGCAGCGGCAGCCGUUGCUGCACCCCUCGGUAACACUGCGCUCAGUGAUGCCUCGAUACCUGCGGCCACUUCCUCCUCCACGAUCAAGCUCGUCUGCAGCGAGCGGUUGCACACCAUCACCGGUGCUACCCGGGACCGUCCUGGCAAUCGAAAGCGCCGGGGAGAGAACGAUGGAACGGCGAAAGAGGACCCAAACACGGCUGUGGUCAUCGGUGGGUCACCGGCGACGAGUCAUGCCACAGGUACGGCCGCCAGCACGGAAACGCCAAACAGUUUAAAGUCCUUUGCACGACUGUCGGCGUCCGCUCCCGAUUCCUACAACCUGUACGCGCAUCCUCACCGGCCUGAGGCUAAGCUGCAGCAGCCAAACGACGCAAGCCCACCCACCACCACCAUUGCGGCCGGUUUCCGCACCGGGGUUACGGAGAACGUUCUCAGCGGGUUCCCGGCCGACGACGCGUCGCACACGGCAACGACCACAACGCACACGGCAGCCGGUAAGGUGCGCGAUCUUAAAAUGAGCUUCGAGGCAAAAACGGCCAAGGAGCGGCGGAAGGAGGGGCAGAAGAAGGUGCGCUCGCUACCAUCGUCCCCGGUGGCGGUCCAUGUUGAGCUCGGACAAUCGAAACACUCCCACGGCCCGGCCGGAUGUGGUACGGGGAUCGUCGUGGUCGCCAACCCGGCCCUACCCACACUAGUCCGGCAGCCAUCCUCCGCCUCGUCGUCCUCCUCAUCUUCUUCAUCGUCGUCGUCGUCAUCCUCCUCUUCAUCCUCUGCGUCCUCGUCGUCGUCAUCGUCGGCAGGCUCGUCGGUUUCAUCAUCAGCUGCAACCACCGCGACGACAGCCCUCGAAGGGACCCGUAGGAAACCUGCCCAGCAGCAGCAGCAGCAGCCCCCGGAAGAUGUAACGGUGCGUGAUCUAGUAGAUCGGUACGAGGUGCACGUGCCACGACUGCGUACCAGUAGCAGCAGCACUACCAGCAACGCCACUAGCACCACCAUGCCGCGCCAGCGUCCUCGCUCCGUGUUCGAACCGCUCAAGAGCAGCGCCCAAGCGCACUUUCCGCUGCAGGCUGGUGGCAGCAAGGUGGCUAUGAGUGGAGGUGGUGGUGGUGGUGGUGGCGGCGGCACUGGUGGUCCUCUGAUGCUGUCGCACUCAACUGCACUGAUUCGGUCGGAGGAUUUCUCGCGCCCACCGGUACCACCCAUUGUGCCGCUGGUGCGUGGUCUCGUUCUGCCGUGCCUUACUGCGGCGCCACCUUCGUCACAGCAGCAGCACCAGCAGCAGCAGCAGCAUCCGAACAAUAACAACAACGUGGGCCAGCAGCACAGCAGCAGCAACAAUGCGGCGCUGGGAAGCAGUACUAAUGCUAGCAACAACAACACUACCACCAGUAAUAACCAUAACAACAACAACAACAAUCUGAGUGGGGGUAAACGAAUGCUGCAGCACGGCCGGACGCACCCACUCGCCAAGAUCAAUCCCACCGCCGCGGUCGUGAACCAUGGGCAAUAUUACCACAAUUUUCACUACUGCUUUCCGCAAUCCGACCAGCAGAAACAACAGCAACAACACCCGGCGAUCAGUCAACACCAGAACGCACAAGGACAACAGCAGCAGCAGCAACAACAACGGAAUGGUGGUGGUAAUGUUGGUGGUGCUACUGCGGCUGCGACUACUACCAGCACUACUUCUACUACUAGUGCAGCUUCUCCUGCAGCUAUUCCUGCUGAUGCGCCGAUUCCCCCGGGUACUGCUGCUACCAGUACAGCGCACGUGUCGUCGCCUUCUGCCGUUGGCACACCCAGUAGUGUGGCCGCAAACACCUACAACACCAUGUAACACGCGCACCGUGCGUAUGCACGCUCUUGUGCAAGUUUGCUUUCGCUUCGCGAUCAACUGCUUCACUACUGGCUGGUGUACCAGACCGUGGUCUGUGCUGAAUGCUGCUUGCUUACAGUUUGUCACUACUGCUGCUGCUGCUGCUGCUGCUGCUGCUGCUACUGCAUUUUCCCGAUGGCAUCACAACAGCUGCACUGCUCUGCUGCUGAACCGGUUCUGAUUUUUCCGCUGUCGAUUUAAACCCCAGAAAGGAACAUUUAACUGCCCCAGUAGUGACUUGUGAUCUCUUCCGUUCAUUGUCUUGUUCAUUGUGCUUGUUUUUUUUUCUUCUUUUCUCUAUUCUUUCUCUAUUUGAAGCACUCGGCUUUCUUUACAAGGCUCUACGUGUAACCGUGCGUGUUUGAAUGUGCUACUAUGCAUUCGGACGCGGAGGGUUCCCACGUUACACUCGAGAGGUCGAGCGCUAACAGUUAGUUGCAUUUUUGUUCUUUGAAAUCGAGCAUGUCUACAAAUGCUAUCGUAAUUAUAUUAUUACUAUUAUAAUUAUUGUCAUAGUUGUAAUUAUUAUCUUCAUUCUUAUGGUCAUUAACAUGUUUAUUAUAGUUAUACGUUUUCUCGUUUGCACCGCGUCUAUACGUACUAGGCUAAUACCUAUGUUUUUUUUUUUUUUUCGAGGCAAUACUCUCUAAACAAGAAAGGGAAAGAUAGGAUAGGCGAAGAAAGAUUCAAAUCAUCCUAGUCAAAACAAAUGAUCGAGCUAAACAUUAAACAAAUGACUCUGAAACUGAACUGAAGGUCUCCGCAGAUCAGCUCAGUUUGUUGCAAAGUAAACAAAUGAAAUCGAAGCAAAUGAAAUGAACCGUUGGUAUUAUAGGUGGUGUAAGCCAAUAAGUGCUAACAAGCGAAAAGCAAAACACAAACCCCUCUUUAUGCUUCAGGAAGGAAAUGGCGCGGUAAAAAUCGAAUAGAUUUCGGAUUGCUCCAAACGAACGACAUCACUGACUAGCCGCGCGAACGGAACUAGUCCUCCUGGACUUUCAUGUUUGAUUGAACUAAUGCUCUGUCUGCGUGUUUCUCUGAGUUCAGCCCCCACGCCCAGCAUGACCCGGUCGUUUCGCUCCGAGCGACAAAAGGAAUUAGAGUGCCCGAGGAAGAGUCCGACACUUUUUUUUUUUGUAUCAUUCUACCCUUUUUUUUUCUUUUGUCCCUGUUAUCAUUUUACCACUCAACCUGUGCGGGUGCAACACGGAAACUAGCUACAAACAACUACAGGACCGCGUGGCCGCGAUUGCUUCGCGAGGGCAGUCCACUCUUACUAGCAGAUUUGCUUGUUCUAUUGCGAAAGGCAGCGAAUAGACGAGUCGACGAAGGAUGUAGCAACUCCUUUAAGAAGAGAAAGCUACAGAGAGAGAGAGAGAGAGAGAGAGAGAGAGAGAGAGAGAGAGAGCGAAGGUAAUGCGCGGUCGAAUACACUGUUGUACUGCAUCGUACCAAACCUGCUGUGCAUACUUAUACAGAUAUAUACAUACACAUAUGCAUAAAAAGGAACAAAACCAUGAGAAAACACUCUAUUAUAUGGGAUAAUUUGAUGAGAUUAGCGCCAGGAAAGGGGAGGCAGGGAGGGGGGGGGGGGGAGGGGAGGAGGGUGAAACUCAUGGCUUCCCGGUGGACCGACCACUCCGCCGCACCACUGCCCCCACUCGAAAUGGCAGCUCAUCCCUCUCCUCCCGGUCCCGGUGGACGGACGGUGCUUGCUGAGAGAAGAAGGUCCACUAGCAGGGAAGGCCCAGGGAAGCGGAGGGAAGCGCCAAGCUGACACCCCACCAUACACGCAACAACAAAAAACCUACUGUAAAUGGAUUGUUUGUAUUUAACUGAAGUGAGAGAUAAAAAUGCAAGAACACGAGACAGUGCAAAAUAAAUAAAACAAAUGAAGUGAAAUGAAAAACUAAA